AUGAUUACCACUUCUUCUGUCGCUGCUUUCGUCGCUGCUGUGGCCAUCCUGGCUGCUCAACCAAGCAGCCAGGGGACCGCCCUAGGUGGUGUCGACAUGGUAUUUUGCUGCCGGUCGCAAUACGGAGGCUACCAGGCGAUUUAUGGCAAUAAUUGCUAUGACUGGUAUUGCUCUAGCGACCCAAUUUCUAAUCAACCGCACAAACCCAUCGACGUGGAUGCUUGCUGCGCAGCGCAAUAUAACGUUCCUGGCGCUACCGCAAAUUGCCCUGGUACUACACCAUGGGACUGGGACUAUAUGCCUUUUCAACAAAGGUAUUCUGAUCACCCAAGCAUUUCGUAUGAUCCACACGCAGGUGUAUUUAGAUUUAAGAUCUUAGUUCUCGUGAAUGGAAGUGUCCAGACUCACUAA